CUCGAUAAUUUGUAGUGCCUGCGUAUUAUCCAUCAUACUGUGCCAGAGUAUCAAAGUUUUUCUCCCCAAAUAAAUUGCGUCUUCGAUCUUGCAUCGUCAGGCAGGGCUCGAGAAAACUCGGCAGCGGGAAGCCUUUCCUGUGUCUGCGUGCCAUGGAUCGCGUUCAGCUGCUUUUGGUAGGUCUGCCAAUGUUUCUCUUCUGUUCGGACAUACUCAAUCUCUUCACAGCCCCUCCUCGUCCUCCCCCUCCUCACCCACAUCACCAUCAUCGCCAUCACCCCCAACCCAUCCCAUCUCACACCCUUCUCAAGCAAACCCCCGAUUUCCCAACUCAGGAGAAUCCUCAAGCAGCUGGUGGCGUCAAUGGAGUCGGCUAUGGCACCACCAUCAAUCUAAGCUUCUGCUCUUCCUGCUCUUACAGGGGAACUGCAAUGACGAUGAAAAAGAUGCUCGAAACUUCCUUUCCUGGGAUUGAAGUUACUCUUUCAAAUCACCCUCCUACCCUCCCAAAACACCUUCUCAGCAAAGUGGUUCCAAUCGUCCAAGUUGGAGUGAUUGGGAUUGUAAUGGCAGGUGAACAUAUUUUCCCCAGGCUGGGAUUUAUGACACCGCCUCCUUGGUACUUCACUCUACGUGCUAAUAGAUUUGGAACUAUUGCAAGCACUUGGCUUCUUGGCAAUGUUGUGCAGAACUUCCUACAAAGUUCUGGGGCUUUUGAAGUUUACUACGAUGGUGACUUGGUUUUCUCUAAACUCAGGGAGCACAGGUUCCCCAGUGAAUUCGAGCUGAGAGAUCUUGUGAGCAAGAAACUGGCCAGUUCGAGGGUCAUGGAUGACGUAGGUGGUAGUCUCUGGUCAUAGUGUGGGGCCAAAACCCAUGUGCUCUGCAAUUGGUUCCGCUGCUGUGUCAUGGUGUCAAAAUUCUAAUGACUUUGCUAAAAUAGCUUGUUGAAAGGUUAUCACUUUUGCAAUUGUUCGGCUGUCUGUCAUCUGAAAUCAGAUAGAUUGAAGGUGAUGCCCUACUGUAUCGGAUAAGUGCCAUGGAUUGUUUAGGUUCA